AUGUCAUCUUCGAUUCAAUUACUUAACCCCAAGGCAGAGUCGUUAAGACGUGCUCAAGCAUUACAAGUGAAUAUCUCCGCUGCUCAAGGAUUACAACAAGUGUUAGCUAGUAAUUUAGGACCAAAAGGCACAUUGAAGCUUUUAGUUGAUGGAUCUGGAGGAUUAAAGUUGACCAAAGACGGGAAGGUGUUAUUAACUGAGAUGCAAAUUCAACAUCCAACUGCGGUAAUGAUUGCUAGAGCAGCAACUGCCCAAGAUGAAAUAACUGGAGACGGUACCACAACGGUAAUUUUACUUGUUGGAGAAUUAUUGAAACAAGCUGAAAGAUUUAUCGAUGAAGGAGUUCACCCAAGAGUUAUUGUCGAUGGAUUUGAUAUUGCCAGAGAUGAAGCAUUAAAUUAUUUAAAUCAAUUUAAAACAAAACCGGAAAAAUUUGAUCGAGAAUUUUUAUUACAAGUAGCAAGAUCAUCAUUAUCGACUAAAGUUGACUCAACUGUUACUGAUAUAUUAGCACCUAUUGUCACCGAUGCUGUAUUAACUGUUAAAUCUGAUGAAGAUAUGAAAAAAUUAGAUUUACAUAUGAUUGAAAUAAUGACUAUGCAAUAUGGGAAUGUUAAAGAUACUGAAUUAAUUAAAGGAUUAGUAUUAGAUCAUGGAGCAAGACAUCCAGAUAUGCCAAGAAGAUUAGAAAAUGCUUAUGUAUUAAUCUUAAAUGUUAGUUUAGAAUAUGAAAAAACUGAAGUUAAUUCUGGAUUUUUCUAUUCAUCAGCAGAACAAAGAGAAAAAUUAGUUGCUAGUGAAAGAAAAUUUGUUGAUGAAAAAUUGAAAAAAAUUAUCGAAUUGAAGAAUCAAGUUUGUGAAUUAAAUUCAAAUAAAAAUUUUGUUAUUAUAAAUCAAAAGGGAAUUGAUCCAAUGUCAUUAGAUGUUUUAGCUAAAAAUAAUAUUUUAGCCUUAAGAAGAGCUAAAAGAAGAAAUAUGGAAAGAUUACAAUUAAUUGUUGGAGGUGAAGCACAAAAUUCAGUUGAUGAUUUAACUCCAGAAAUUUUAGGAUAUAGUGGAUUAGUUUAUGAAAAUAGUAUUGGUGAAGAUAAAUUUACUUAUAUUACUGAAAAUAAACAACCAAAAUCGGCUAGUAUAUUAAUUAAAGGAUCAAAUAAUCAUAUUUUGCAACAAACUAAAGAUGCUAUAAGAGAUGGUUUAAGAUCCGUUUCAAAUGUUUUAAAAGAUGAAUCAGUUAUACCAGGAGCAGGUGCUUUUUAUAUGUCAUGUAAUAAUUAUUUAUUACAAAAUGGAUCUAAAUUUUUCAAAGGUAAAAACAAAUCAGGUAUAAAAGCUUUUGCUGAAUCUUUAUUAGUUGUUCCUAAAACAUUAACCAAGAAUGCUGGUUUGGAUUCUUUAGAAACUUUAGGUAAUUGUCAAGAUGAGAUUUCUGAAGGUCAUACUGUUGGGGUGGAUCUAAAAUCUGGUGAACCAAUGGAUCCUUCAAUUGAAGGGGUUUGGGAUUCUUUUAGAGUCAUUAGAAAUGCCAUUUCUUCUGCCACCGGAAUUGCGUCUAAUUUAUUAUUAUGUGACGAGUUAUUAAAGGCUGGUCGUUCUUCGUUGAAAGAAGGUGCUGGUGGCCCUCCUGGUGGUGCUCCAAUGGGUGCUCCAAUGGGUGCUCCCCCAAUGUAA